AUGGCGUACGGCGCGCCCGGUCCCGCGCCCGCGUUCGGCGAGGCGGCGCAUCGCGUGAACACGGGUGAUAGGUUGAUGCCGUUCAGCGACGCGCGUGAGCGAAAGAGUCGCUCGCGCGCAGCCGUGCGCGCGAUCGAGCGCAGGACGAACCCGUGGUACGUCGUCUGCGCGUUGGUCGUCGUCGUGAUGUGGCUGGCGAGGUAUUCGAGGCGAGAGGUGGUGAGCAAGCGGCACGUGCGAAGACACCGGGACGGCUUGGACGGGGAUCUGCGGGAGGCGCUGGCGCGAAUCGGACGGUCGGAGAACGAUCUGUUCGAGGCGAGGAAGAGUCGAGAACGAUAUGUUCGAGAGAAUGAUUCGUUGCGGGCGGAGUUGGAGGCGGUGCGACACGAAGCGGAGACGUGGAAGUUGGAGGCGGAGAAGGCGAAGAAGACGUCGGACUCCGAACGCGGAUGCGAGAAACAGCUGAAAGAGGCCAAGCUGGAGGCGGAACACGCGAGGCACGAGAAGAAGGGAUGCGAGCUCGAACUCGAGCGGGCGAAGCACGAGGCGCAAUUCACCAGGGAGCACAUCAAGGAGGAGGUGAUCAAGGAGGAGACGGAGGCUCUGGAGAAGCGCAUCGUCGAGGACGAAAAAGCCGAAGCCUCGCAGUUGGACGCGGAAUCGCCGAUAAAGUCAAAAACUGACGAGCCUAAGGAAGUCAAUACAUCUUCUGCCGGUACUGGAGCCUCUGCGAGGCGGCUUUAG